AUGCUGGGCAGUAUCGAGGUUGUAAAAUGUGGUAAAAUAUUGCCGAUUAUUGAAGCUCCUUUGGCAAAACAAGUCAAGAUUUCAACGCAAAAGGAAGAUUGCAUCAAAAUUGAGACUUUGCCGUUGUCUGUGUAUUAUAAAUCUAACAAUAUUGUCAGUUUGAAUGGCACGGUAAGUUGGAUAUCCUGAAAUUAUAUCCUAAGGAUUAGGGUUGGAAUUAGGAUUAAGAGUUGGGAUUAUGGUUGGGAUUAAAUUAGGGCAAGGCUUAAGGGUUAAGCUAAUAUUAGAUUAGGCUUACAAUGCAUUAACUUGCCUUUUGACCUAUUGUGCCUUACUUUAUUCUUUUACUUUGUUUAAUCCCUGGGUAAUGCUCAAUGGGCUAAUCUGCCAAUAUGUCUAGUUAACCCACUACUGUAAGCUAAUCUGCCAAUGUGUCUGGUUAACCCACUACUGUAAGUUCCAUCCUGCUCUAAUGUGCCCUUCCAUAUUCUUUUACUCUGUCUGACAGCAGAUGAUUUUACUUAUCAUUAGGAGAGCACUACCUGCCUGGUGCAUGAUGGGUUAAGCUUUGAAUUAGGAGAAUCAGGAUUAAAUUUGGGAUGAAAGUUAUGUUCAGGUUAUGGUUCAAGUUAUGGUGGGACUAAAAGCUACAUAAUUACAAUCAGACAAUUACAUAGUAGUACAGGAUUCAGACCUGACUGCCGGGGUGAAAAAGGCACAUCAACUGACCACUCUGUCAGUUAUGUUCACAUGAAAGAUUAUGGUGCUUCAUAAUGAUUAUUUGAACAUUUUCUAAUUCACAGUUCACCCUGCACGUACGAAACAACACAGAACAAGGUUUAUACAACACAUUUUUUCACAACUGUCAUCUUGGCGAGAAUGAUAACCCUAUUGAUAUGACGGUAUGUGAAAUAUCUUGCACAACAUUAAUGUGUAAAAUAUAGCUUGUUAUGUUGAAUGGUUAACAACUAUUUUCUUCAUAUUUUGUGCUCUAGUUGACAGUGGUAGAGAAGAAUGAUGGUAGUUAUUUGUCCGCUGGGGAAGUAAGCUUCUUGCCUAACAGUUUCACUGCUUUUAUUUUGUUUUGUAUUUUAUUUUUCAUUAUUUUUUUUUGUUUAAAGGCCCCACUACCAAUGGUUUUUGGAUUCUUUGCUGUGGUGUUUUGUAUUUUAUCAUGUAUUUGGUUUUAUGUUCUUCGACAAUACUGGUAAGACGCUGUGUUUCCCAAAAAGUAUGCUUAUAUACAGCUUGUCAAACAUUUUUCAUGGUAGUACAAUUUAUUUUCAUAUUUGUAUAUAGGUCUGAAACAUUCAAAGUUCAUUACUUAAUGUUUCUUUUGGUAUCGUUGAAAGCCUUGGAUGUCCUCUUGAACGCUGUAAGCCAUGACAGAUUUAUAUUAUUUUGAGUAUUAUAUUUAUUUAUCAUGUAAGUUUGAGUAUGGUUUUGAACUUGUCCAGUUUGUUUUGAAUUGAGUCCGUUUAUUGUUGUUCUAAAGGUUAAUUAUUACUACAUUGGUCGAGAUGGAACGAAGGCAGAAUCCUGGGCAGUCCUACAUUAUAUUGCUCAUUUGUAAGUGAACUACUGGUUUUAACAACUUUGGUGAACAAUGUUCAAGCGGAAAAAGAUUGCGAACAGGACUCUAAGACCCAUGCGAGGCACUCUCUUGUUUCAAUUAUUAGGUGUAAAAAGAUAAUAACUGGUAAUCCUUAUUCAAAAAUUGAUAUCUUCUCCAUGUUUUAGGUUUAAAGGUGGUCUUCUCUUUACAACAAUAAUUCUUCUUGGAACUGGCUACUUCUUUAUUAAACAUGUUCUGUCUGGACGAGAUAAAAAGAUAUUUCUUAUUGUCAUUCCAUUACAGGUAACAUUUUUUCCAAGUUUGAAAAAGCUUAGUAAAAUUUUCGAAAUAAUUUUUCAGGUAUAUGACUACAACAAGGCACUAUAGUCAUUUGCAAUCUCAAUUUGUUAAGAAGGAAUUUUUUUUUGUUCUGUAGAUAUUUGACAACAUUGCUUUGAUUAUAAUGGAGUCAACAGAAGAAGCCCAGGCUGAUUAUAUUACUUGGAUAUCCUUUUCAUGA